AUGGCUCUGGAUGGAUCGACCUAUACCCCCCAGCAGGAUUGUAGCAUCGCCCCAGCUCUCUGCUUCAAGUUCUUCCAAGACCCUGUCAUGCAGAAGACCUUUCCCACGUCGGGCCCAGCACAGGGAGGGACGAGGAUCGACAUCACUGGGUCCGGGUUCUUCAACACCUCUCAGUCUCUCUGCAGGUUCGGCACCACGAAAGUCGCGCUGGUCUUCCUCAACUCCACCAACGUCAUGUGCUUCGCUCCCAGCCAUGUCGCCCAAGUUGUCGACCUCUACAUCUCAGCCAACGGCUUUGACUUUCUCGUCCAGACCCUCAAGUUCGAGUUC